UGGCCCCACCGAGCGCCUAUGGGCAUCUGCAGCCGGCGAGGGCUUCGCACCACCGCCACCGGCAGCAGCGGCAGAGGGCGGCGACCGCCACCCCGCUUCAUCGCCCCUUGGGAUCUAUAGCCGGCGGACGGAGCGCGCUGCGGACCCUUCCCCGCCUCCGUGCAGGAUGGUUUGGAAAUUUGCCCUGUCCGUUCUUCUGAUGGCAGCACUGGUUCGAGUAUCGGAGGCCAAGAAAAGCCGCCCCGCAGGUGCCAUUCCCUCCCCGUACAAAGGCAGCAGCAGCAACCACUCGGAGCGGAGGCAGCAGCUGAAUAAGGAGGUGCUGGCCUCCAGCCAGGAGGCUCUGGUGGUCACCGAGAGGAAGUACCUCAAGAGCGACUGGUGCAAGACGCAGCCGCUGCGGCAGACAGUCAGCGAGGAGGGCUGCAUCAGCCGCACCAUCAUCAACCGCUUCUGCUACGGGCAGUGCAACUCCUUCUACAUCCCGCGGCACGUGAAGAAGGAGGAGGAGUCCUUCCAGUCCUGCGCCUUCUGCAAGCCACACAAGGUCACCUCUUCGACCGUGCAGCUGGAGUGCCCCGAGCUGGACCCACCGUUCCGACUCAAGAAAAUUCAGAAGGUCAAGCAGUGCCGGUGCAUGUCUGUGAAUCUGAACAGCUCAGGCAAACUGUGA